GACCGAAAGUGUUCAGUGGCGCAGGAAGGAAAAAAUCAGCCCCAAAAAUCAAGAUGGCGAGCAGCCCUCACUAGAGUGAGAGAAGGGAAAAGAGAUCCUCUUUUCGCCUCCUUUUUUUCUGUGUGCGCUGUGAAGUGUUGUGUCACUCCAUUCAGCUGAACCCGUCCAACCAUCGAGUCAUGCUGUGUUAUUAUUAUGUAGUGAGCGAGGGCAUUUUUAUUGUUAUUCCACAAUACUUUGUGGUGUGAGUCAGAGAGAAGAAAAACAAGUGCAUAAAGUUAUACCUGUAUAAGUAGUUUAAUGUUUCAAUUAAAUUGUGUGUGAUUGUUCGAGAACAAGGAUAAAACAACGAGCUAUCGAGAAUGUCUGACAAAAUUAAAGUCGCGGUGCGGGUUCGACCUUUCAAUCGUCGAGAGCUCGAGCUUGCCACCGAGAAUGUGAUAGAAAUGGACGGCUCACAGACGAUUUUGAAAUAUCCUGCCACAUUAGAUAAGAUGGAAAGAAAACCGCCAAAACUAUUCGCAUUUGACCACUGCUUCUACUCGACCGAUCCGGAUGCCGAGCAUUUCGCCUCCCAGCAGGUGGUCUUCGACAACAUGGGCCGGGACAUUCUGGACAACGCAUUCCAGGGCUACAAUGCGUGCAUCUUCGCCUACGGUCAGACCGGAUCCGGCAAGUCCUACACGAUGAUGGGCAAUCAGGAAAGCAAGGGCAUCAUUCCGAGGCUGUGCGACGAACUGUUCGCCUCCAUCGCGGCCAAACAGACCGACGAGCUGACGUACAAGGUCGAGGUGUCCUAUAUGGAGAUCUACAACGAGAAAGUGCACGACCUGCUGGAUCCGAAGACCAGCAAGCAGUCGCUGAAGGUGCGGGAGCAUAACGUGCUCGGACCGUACGUGGACGGGUUGUCCCAGCUGGCGGUGACUGCGUUUAUGGAUAUCGACAACCUGAUGGCGGAGGGUAACAAGUCCCGAACGGUGGCCGCCACCAACAUGAACUCCGAGUCAUCCCGUUCGCAUGCAGUUUUCACUGUGGUGCUCACGCAAACCCUCAUCGACACGCUGUCCGGUGUGACCGGCGAAAAGGUGUCUCGCGUCUCGCUCGUAGAUUUGGCCGGUAGCGAACGGGCAGUGAAAACCGGUGCCGUCGGGGAACGACUAAAGGAAGGUUCGAACAUCAACAAAAGCUUGACAACGCUCGGUUUGGUGAUAUCGAAACUGGCCGAUCAGACCAGCGGUAGUAAGAACAAGGAUAAAUUUGUUCCGUAUCGAGAUUCGGUGCUGACGUGGCUGCUAAAGGAUAACUUGGGCGGUAACUCGAAAACGGUGAUGUUGGCUACCCUCUCCCCGGCGGCGGAUAACUACGAGGAGACACUUUCCACACUGAGGUAUGCUGAUCGCGCCAAACGAAUCGUCAAUCAUGCCGUUGUCAACGAGGAUCCAAAUGCCAGAAUCAUCCGUGAGUUGAGAAAAGAAGUUGAGACGUUGAGAGAGAUGUUGAAGCAUGCGACUGGUGCAAGUAUUGGAGAUAUGAAAAGGGUUGAUAUUCAUGAUAAAUUGGCGGAAAGUGAAAACCUCAUGAAGCAGAUUUCGCAGACAUGGGAAGAGAAGCUAGAAAAAACGGAACAGAUUCAGAGUGAACGGCAGCAGGCACUUGAAAAAAUGGGCAUCAGUGUACAGGAUAGUGGUAUCAAGGUAGAAAAGAACAAGUACUAUCUGGUCAAUUUAAAUGCUGAUCCAUCAUUGAACGAACUACUGGUGUACUAUCUGAAGGACUACACCUUGAUCGGCGGCAGAAACAACGAUACUAACAAGCAGCCGGAUAUUCAACUGCUUGGUUUGGGCAUUCAACCGGAACACUGUCUGAUUACAAUCGAAGACGGUGAGUUAUUUAUGGAACCUAUUGAGAGUGCUCGCUGUUGCGUGAAUGGUUCGGUGGUAACCGAGAAGACCUCACUAAACCACGGUGAUCGUAUCCUCUGGGGCAAUCAUCACUUCUUCCGAGUAAACUGUCCAAAGUCCAGCAAUAGCAACAAUAAUAUGCCCUCAGAACCUCAAACACCUGCUCAACACAUGGACUACUACUACGCUCAAGAGGAACUUAUGCAAAACGAGUUCAGCAAUAACCCUAUCCAGGCGGCUAUCUCUCGCCUGGAGAAACAGCACGAGGAAGACAAACAGGUAGCCCUGGAAAAGCAACGCAUGGAGUACGAAAAACAGUUCCAACAGCUACGAAAUAUUUUAUCUCCUACUACUCCAUACGCCCCGUACUCUCCGUACGAUCCAUUCCGUCUAGGCAAACUCCCUCCAAAUACGCCAAACGCUCAACUUCGGGUAGAAAAGUGGGCUCAGGAGCGGGAUGAAAUGUUUAAACGAUCGCUGGGACAGCUGAAGACUGACAUUGUCCGAGCGAACGCCCUGGUGCAGGAGGCAAAUGUUCUCGCCGAGGAAAUGAAUAAACAAACCAAAUUCAGUGUCACUCUUCAAAUCCCACCGGCCAACCUAAGUCCAAACCGGAAACGUGGCGCAUUCGUUAGCGAACCAGCGAUUCUGGUUCGUCGAAUGAUCUCCGGUAGCCAAAUUUGGAGCAUGGAAAAAUUGGAAAAUAAACUGAUCGAUAUGCGCGACAUGUACCAGGAAUACAAGGAGAACAAUUACACAGUUAUGGAUGAAAAUAAAAACAAAUCGGAUCCUUUCUAUGAGUCACAGGAAAAUCACAAUCUAAUCGGGGUGGCUAACAUUUUUCUUGAGGUGCUGUUGCACGAUGUAAAGCUUGACUACCAUACUCCGAUUAUUAGUCAACAGGGAGAAGUGGCCGGCAGGUUACAGUUGGAAAUCAGUCGUGUAGCUGGUCAAUUCCCACAAGAUCGGAUUAACGAGUCGGCUUCGGAAAGCUCCCACGACAGUCAUGAGGAUGAUGAUUUGUGUGAACCUUCCAGCAAUCAAGUCACCUGUCGGAUUAGCAUCAAGCAAGCCUCCGGACUGCCACUGUACUUAUCUAACUUUGUGUUCUGUCAAUAUUCGUUCUGGAACCACGAUGUGUCGGUGGUACCGGCGACCAAUCAGGAAGUAGCUGCGCACAAUCAGAACAGUACGUUCAAGUUUGAUCAUGAUGCUGAUUACGUGGUGACUGUAAACGAAGAAUUCCUGGAACACUGUACCGAUGGUGCGCUGUCGAUAGAGGUUUGGGGCCAUCGAUCGGUUGGUUUUUCUCGGGCCAAAGAUUGGGAAGUGGAACAACAGCAAGCCAAGGCCCGCUCGCUAGCAGAUCGAUGGGCGGAGUUGUCUCGCAAAAUUGAACUGUGGGUUGAAAUCCACGAGCUGAACGACAAUGGCGAUUGGGCUCCGGUUGAUGUGCAGUGUUCGAAGGAUAUGCUGACCGGUGGAGUUUAUCAGCUUCGACAAGGAUUCCAACGUCGCGUCAUGGUUCGUGUCAAACCCGUUCAGAACUCGGGAACACUGCCCAUAAUCUGUCAAUCGAUUAUCAACGUCUCAGUGGGAUGUGUAACUGUUCGUUCAAAGCUGCAGAAGCAAAUGGAUUCCUAUCAGGAAGAAGAUCUUACCGUUCUGAGGGAUAAGUGGAGUGAAGCGCUUGGCCGUCGUCGGCAGUACUUAGAUCAGCAAAUUCAGAAGUUAAUUAACAAGGAUGACAAAACCGAACAGGAGAAGGAACGAGAGCAAAGUCUUGUAAAUCAGUGGGUUUCGCUGACAGAAGAGCGAAACGCUGUACUCGUACCAGCCCCCGGUUCGGGAAUUCCAGGCGCACCCGCUUCUUGGGAUCCGCCUCAUGGAAUGGAACCGCAUGUACCUGUCCUAUUUUUGGAUUUGAAUGCCGACGAUCUGACAACGCAAAGUGUCAACGACGAGGUCCCAAUUGCCGGUCUUAAUUCCAUUUUGCCAAAGGAACACGGAAAUAAAUUCUACAGCCUGCAAAUGAUUCAGCAUCUGGACAAAGAUAUCUGCGCUAUUUGCAGUUGGGACUCGUCGAUACAUGACAGCCCGUCGCUGAACCGCAUGACGGAAGCCAACGAAAGAGUAUAUUUGAUUCUGAAGACAACCGUUCGGUUGUCCCACCCGGCUCCGAUGGAUCUGGUGCUGAGGAAACGGCUAGCGCUGAACAUUUACAAGCGCCAAAGUUUCACCGAUCGGCUUAAGAAGCUAAGGCUCGGACGGAUGGAGGCCAGUUCGCUGCAGUCCGGCGUCACCUAUGAAGUUGUGUCAAACAUUCCCAAGGCUUCGGAGGAGUUGGAGGAUCGCGAAUCGCUCGCUCAGAUCGCUGCCACCGGCGAGGAUGUAUCGGCGAGUGACGGCGAGACCUAUAUCGAAAAAUACACCAAAGGAGUCUCCGCCGUGGAAAGUAUUCUGACACUGGACCGUUUGCGACAAAGUGUAGCUAUCAAGGAACUGGAACAGGUUCGAGGUCCAGCGCUAUCAAUGCGUAAAACAGCUAGUGUGCCGAACUUCUCACAGGUCGUAAAAGAUACCCGGGAGCACAGUGGCCUCACCACCUCGAUGACCAUGAGAUUCUUUGAUGCUUCACUAGAAUCCUUGCUGGGAAUCGGUCGAUCGGAAUCGUAUGCUGAUUUGAAAGUUGGUCUAAGUGGAGUUCAAAGCAAUCGAGAAACCACAACGAACCGGCCAAAGCUGAAGAGCCCCAACAGUACCGAGGACUCCAUGAACACAUCCUACGGAUUAACUCGUCCCACAUUCCUAAAUCUUAACAUAAAUUUGAACUCCCUGCGAUUACAGCCAACCAAGCCAUCGCCAGCGGCAAGCAAAUUGGCCCCAAGAAUGACCACACUGCAUGAGGAACCACUGAUCAAACAAAUCUGCUACGAGGAGGAGGGCGAGGACCGGUUCAGUGAUCCGGAAUAUUCAGAUGAUGAAUUCUACGAACCUUCUAAAAGUACCACCCUACCCAAAUUGAAAUCAUCCCACACGGUUGGAUCGUUUAUCGACAUAGACAAACGCUCGUCGAUGGAUCUCGGUGGUAAAUAUGGCGUCCCAUCAGCCAAGACGGGAAAACCAGUCACCACCAGUAGUGGUGGUAUCGGAAAGGGUGCAGCCGUAGGCACACCAAGCAUGAGUUCGUCUACUUCCAGCGGGUAUGGAUCACAGGCGGUGUCCUGCAGUAAUCUUACCAAUGACGAUACGUACUCUAUCCGGUCUCUCAGCGUCGGAGAAACACCCGAAUCCAUGUCCCCAUCCAACCUGCGAAAUGAACACACCAUGCCCAACGCUGUCAAAUCGUCCGCAGACUACUACACACCGGUAGAAAGCUUCAAUGCCAGCGGUAUCAGUACCGAGUUUCCGAAACGUAUUAAUCCCUUCCUGAAGGAUAUGGCAAGCUUCGAUGAGAUGAAUGGCAACCGAGGCUUACUGGAUCACGAGGAGAUAAUCUUUAAUAACAAUCAGAAGCGUGCUAGCGAACCGGCCAUUCUGUCCCACAGUACGGACAUGAUCGACGAGGAGGACGAAGGCCUGGAUGAUAAGGAGGAUGUCGAGCAGCGUGAGUUUAGCAAUCAGGAAGAAGGACAGCUGAAUCAGGCAGUUAGUACAGUAGAUGAUGUCGAUCAUGAUGAUGUGGUGGAUGAAGAAAACAACAGUUCGAGGCUGCUUCAGGAAUCUGAUAUUAUGGAGAAUAGCUUCUCCACUCCAAGCAAGCAUGAAAAUAUCCCUGAGUGGGUCGUUGUGGGCGAGUCAGUGCAGAUUCGGCCGUACAACACGAGCGGAAUGAUUGCAUUUAUCGGUGGAACACACUUCCAGGGUGGAACUUGGAUUGGAAUAGAACUGGAUACUCCGACUGGCAAGAAUGAUGGUACUGUGCAAGGAAUACAGUAUUUCAGCUGUAAACCAAAGCACGGAAUCUUUGUCCGGGUAGAUAAACUGAUUUUGGACAAACGGGGUCGGGCGAUACGCGAGUUGAAAAGGGCGGAGAAGAUGAAAGCGGAACUGGCCGGUCAAAAGGCAAAACCGGUCAGCAUGAAUGGGCCUCGCAAAUGAUACGGAUUCAACCGGGGUCUCAGCACGGCGAUGACGUCCAGUGGUUCCUGCUCGGCUGCUGCAGUAGCGAGACCCAUUCCGAGAAAACGGUUCGUUCCCAGAUCCGCCUCGGUCGCAGCCUUCGGACGAAGCAAGUGAGCGGACACAGCAAACAGCGGAAGAGAUUCAAUUCGAACAUCCUCGAUAGUACCUUUAUUUUGUUUUGUGAUUACGUUUACAAAGUGAUACCUACAUAACUACACCUAGGAAUGGGGGAAAUAAAAAAUAAACUCAAUGCGGUAAGUAAGCCUACCUACCCUGUUUCAGAGCAAUGGAAAAGAUAAUAAUUAUGUAUCAGAUUACUUGUAUUAUUUAUGUUUUUUUUUAUUGUG